CAAAUUAUGACACAUGACAUUUGUGAUUUUAAAGAGAAUUUAAAAUAAUGAAAACAUUUAUAAAUACGUCAAAAUAUUUAUAUUAAAUAAUAUUGCGAUAUCCAAAUUGAAAUUUGCCGUUGAAUAAGUGGAGUGGUUGAUUGUGUACAUGUAGUAUAAAUUUUUCAAAUGUUAAAAAUGAAAUAAGAUACAACAUUUCAAUACUCUAAGAAUUCAUAAAAUGUGCCUGUUUUAUAAUCAUUAAAAUAAAAAUGGUUGAAAACAAUCCACGUAUCCUAGUUAUCGGGUUAGAUAAAAACCCAACAGACCUAAUAAAACGGAUAAUUGGUUCAAAUACAGAACCGUUAGCUGAUGAUAUCGAAGAAUAUCCUUGGCAGAUAAAAAAUAAGUAUUACACAGCAAAUGUUCACUUAUUUGGAUUAAAAUUGAAAUGUAGUGAGGUAGUUGAAGAUACAAUUUAUGAUAAUGUUGAAGCAGUGAUUGUAUUUUUUGACAGUCAACAAGAAAAUGCUGUAAAUGGAUUAAGUUCCUUAGAAAACUAUCUAAAAAACUAUGAUGAUGUUGAAGUUAAAUUAAUUAUAUGUGAUAAAUUUUCUGUAAAUUCAUCUGAGCAUAAUAAAGUAACCGAUUGGUGUUCGGUAAAUCAUUAUCAAUAUAUUGAUUUGGAAUUCGAUGAGACUAAAAUUGAUGACGCAGAUAGUGAUUAUGAUAAUUUUAUAAAUGAUACUCAUGGUAUUGAUAGAAUUAUUGAAGAUUUACAAGUACAUAUAUGGUCGAAUGCUGAAAUGAUUGGUAAAAAUACGUCCAAGUAUAAAGAAGAUGAAUUUGGUGAGAAAGAAUUGGAUGAAUUUUGUGAAUUAUAUUCACAGUUGAGUGCAAUUGCUGGUGGUAUUAGUAGUUUACCACGUGAUCAACGAUUGCAAAGCGCUGAACAAGUUGUUAAACAAUUUUGGAAUGCAAUUAGUGGAGAUGAUGGUGAAUUUAGCGACGAUGAUAUAGAUUUAGGCGUUACAUCGACGUAAAAUGUUUUAAAGGGACGAGCACAGUGUUAUUAUACUAAAGUAAUAAUCGAAAUAGAAGCUAGAAGUUAUCAGUUGUCACUGCUGCAGAUAUCUACAGAUUUAUUUCUUAUUUGUUAUUUUUAUAAAUUCUUGUUUAUGUUUUAGUCAACCACGGAUAAUUAUUAUCUAUGUUUUCGAAUCCGAUGUCUUUUUUUAAUAUAGUUUU